AUGGCUUCCACAGAAAAUGGAAGAUUGACGGUAAAAAUGGCAGCAGCAAUCCUCGUGACAGGCGGUGCUGGUUAUGUCGGUUCUCACACAGUUGCCACACUCCUAGAACAAACCAAAGACAACGAUAUAAUCGUAGUUGACAAUCUCUGCAACGCUUACUGCUCUGAGGGGGAAAAGAAACCGGAGUCACUGCGAAUCAUUGAAGAAAUUACUGGAAAAACUAUACAGUUCUACAAUCUCGAUAUUAGGGACUACAGUGGAUUGAGCAAGAUAUUUGAGAAUCAUAACAUCGACUGUGUGAUUCACUUUGCGGCACUGAAGGCUGUCGGCGAAUCUGUUGAGAAGCCAUUGGAAUAUUACCAAGCUAACAUUACUGGAACCUGCACACUGUUAGAGGUCAUGAGAAAAUACGGCGUGUAUAAACUAGUGUACAGUUCAUCGUGUACGGUGUAUGGCGAGCCCACAAAACUGCCCCUGGACGAGGGCCACCCCACCGGCCAGGGGCUCACCUCCCCCUACGGCAAGUCCAAAUACUUUUGUGAGGAGCUCAUGAAAGAUGUCUGUAUUAGUGACCAGAAAUGGAAAAUAAUAUCUCUUCGCUACUUCAACCCGGUGGGCGCCCAUCACAGCGGACGUAUCGGCGAGGACCCAUCCGGCAUACCUAACAAUCUUAUGCCCUACAUCGCGCAGGUCGCUGUAGGUCGUCUAAAAGAACUCUUGGUAUUUGGUAAGGACUACCCCACGGUAGAUGGCACUGGUGUUAGGGACUACAUACAUGUAGAGGACUUGGCGGAGGGACACGUGAAGGCUGUCAAACUGUUCUCGCAGCCCGGAUUCAGCGGCUUCCAUGCUGUUAACCUUGGCACAGGCACUGGCUACUCAGUUCUACAAAUGAUCGCAGCUUUUGAAGCAGCCUCGGGUCGUCCGAUCCCGUACCGCAUCGUGGGACGUAGGGCCGGCGACAUCGCCGCCAACUAUUCAGACGUCGGGCUCUCCCACAGGUUGCUGGGCUGGCGAGCUGUCAAGACCCUCGAAGACAUGUGCAGGGACACAUGGCGGUGGCAGAGUGGAAACCCUGAAGGCUUUAAGAAGAGUUAG